CUGCUGACGCGUCGGGCGGGGCGCUUGCCUGGCCCCGCUCCCAGCCCGAAGAUGGCGCGCCCGUCCGGCUGGCUGCUCCUGGAGUUGGCGCUCAACGCCGCCGCCCUGCUCGCCGCCCUCGGCUGCGCCGCCGCCCUCGGCCUCGCCCAGGGGAGCUUUGGCGGCCGGUGCAUUCUGUACGGGUCGGUGGGCUACAACGGGACGCUGAGCCUCCUGAGUUCCAGUCCUCCCUCGCUCUGCUACUUCAUAUCCGCCGUCUCUGGGCUGACGGCCAUCUUCACCCUGGUCUCUCUGCUCCGUUGCCUCUACAGCUUGUGCUACGGCGACGGGCACUUGGUCCACUCCUGGAUCAGGACGUCCUUGGUGGUCUCGGCCACCUGCCUCUUCUUCCUUCUCGUCUCCGCCUGCGUUCUCCGUGUCGGCAUGGACGUCUUGUGCGGCUCCAUCCAGAAAUCCAAAGCGGCGGCAAGCUGCCCAGAGGCCCAGCAGCGCCCCUGGACCCCGCCUCAUCACCCUGGAAAGUUCUACGACAACCUCUACGCGGCCCAGGCAACCGCUUGGGUGAAUUUCUUCUUCUGGUUCUUGAUGUGCUUCCUGCUCUUCGUGGAAUGCAUCCGCAAAGCCCCCUACCAACCCGUUGAGGAGGAAAGCGCCCGGACUGACAAGACGGUGCCUGCCUUUGGCGACCCGUCUUCUUGAGGACGAGGGAAGGAAGCGCCACCACGGCUCCCCCAGUUCGGACGGUCGGCCAUCUUCUACCCAGGUAGCAGAGGGCACCACCUAACUUGCUUCGACCAGAGAACUGGACUGUUGAAGGUGUUCCCCCCCCCCUCUCUCUCUUGGGUUACCCAGAACGGCGUCCGGAAAGGUCACAACUGGAGCACCUCUGGAAUUCCCUCUCCUAUAGAUUCACCCCCCCCCCCAACCCAAUCAAGUUCUCGUGAAGGUAACUACGGAAUAGUGGGUUCCCACACCCGAGGGCCGCCUGGGAAGGACGAUCUUGCCAAUGAAGGUCUUUGUUAUGUUGAGCGAAGUGCGAUAAAGGUGCGGCGCCAACACAGCCCGCUUUUAUCGGCAGCCAACGGUUGACUU